GACGAAGAAGAACAAGCCAACAGGAAGUCGCGGAGGGAAGCAGCUGCAGAAGUUCAAGGAAUGUAACAGAGAUGCUGUAGAAAUGAAGAUGGUGAUAAAAACACAUGGAUGAAAACAGCAAAUACACCUGAGUCUAGAUCCAGUGAAUGAGGAAACAUGUCGGGGAGACGAGCUCUGAAGGCCGUGCUCAUUGACCUGAGUGGAACUCUGCACAUCGAGGACACAGCGGUUCCUGGGGCACAGGAAGCACUGAACAGGUUACGUCAGGCGUGUGUAGCUGUGAAGUUUGUGACCAACACCACUAAGGAGAGUAAGAGGAGCUUACUGGAACGAUUGCACCGCCUCAACUUCAACCUUCAGGAAAAGGAAAUCUUUACUUCUCUGAGUGCAGCGAGGAGACUGCUGGAGCAGAAACAACACCGACCACUGCUGCUGGUGGAGGACAGCGCACUGGAGGACUUCACUGGAAUCGACACGUCAGAACCAAAUGCUGUUGUCGUUGGCCUCGCUCCUGAUCACUUCAACUACCAAACACUCAACAAGGCUUUCAGCAUGAUUCUGGAUGGAGCUCCUCUCAUUGCCAUCCACAAGGCUCGGUACUACAAACAGAAGGAUGGUUUGGCCCUCGGCCCCGGGGCCUUUGUGACGGGACUGGAGUACGCAACAGACUGCAAAGCUACUGUGGUGGGAAAACCAGAGAAGACUUUUUUCACACAGGCUCUGCAUGAUUUAGGCUGUAGCCCCGAUGAAGCUGUCAUGAUAGGAGAUGAUGCAAGGGAUGAUGUGGGAGGGGCUCAGAACGCAGGCAUGCUGGGUAUUCUAGUCAGAACUGGUAAAUACAGAGACGGGGAUGAGAAUAAGAUCCAGCCUCCUCCCCACCUGACGUGUGACAGCUUCCCAGACGCUGUGGAACACAUCCUGAAGAACCUGCUCUGAGCUACAAGCAGCAGCAGAACUCUAGAGCUUAAUUUUAUUAUAUGAACUUCUACUUGCACAGGAAACACUGGAGCCGCCUGCAACAACUGUAGGAGGCUAGUUGUCUUUAACACUGGAGAGAAAGAAGCUAUCAUCAUCCUUAAGACCUGAAAGUAUUCUCCUCCUUCGUUAAGUGGAAAAUAACCAACAUUCAUACAACAUUCAUAACUUUAAACAUUCCCUCUUCAGCUCCACAGUGUUGAAGAGUAAAAGUAAAAGCACCAACCGUCUCUUGCAGCAGUUCCGGUUGUUAGGGCGUCAGAGAGACUCGUACUCUCUCUCCCAGGCUGUGUAUCUGCCCGUCAGGUUCCGGGCUGAGGGUUUGGAGUGUGCGAUGACUUCUAAGAAGUCAGCCGUGGUCACGGUCUCCAGCUUGAUGGCGGGCAUGGGGGCGUCUUCUGUGGAGGAAAGUGAAAAAGAGGUUACAGCGUUUUAUUCAGAGACGCCCGACAGACAACAUGAUGUGUUGAUGUGUUGGUGUACCAUGCUGAUGUGCCUCCAGAACAUCAAAGAUCUUGCGAACUGGUCUCAUGGCAGCUUCCUUACACACCAAUCUGAUAUCAGAGCCUGAGUAGCCCUCCAUGUCCUGACACAGACACACACACACACACACACACACACACAAAGAUGAGGUCAAACUGAGACGGUUGUUUCCUCUGCAACAGAUACACAAUUCUCUGUAACACACCUUCGCCAGGGUUUCGUAGUCCAGCUCAGUGCGUAGCUCCACCCCCCUCGUGGAGGUGAGAGGUGGCAGCCAAUGAGAGGUCAUGGCCUGGCGAGCUGCUGAUGAGGGAAGACCCACGUGAAUCCUCUUCUCCAACCUCCUCAGCACGGCGUGGUCCAGGUCCCUGAGAGACGAGCAGCACCACCCGUCACAAACUGCACUUUAUUCUUUUCACGUCUUCUUUACCAUUCUCAUUUUUUACAUUGUAAAAAUUAAGUGUCUGUUCUCGGAUUCCAGAAAGUGGAAUAGUCGUUAUCAACCUGAUUCUUCAUGCAUUUUAUUUUUAAUGUAGAUUCUCUGUGACUCCAAAUUGAAAACUGGCGUUGAAUCGUAGUAAAGUGAAGAUGUUGAGAUGAUAAUGGCGUCUGUUAUUGUUUUAGGAAAUUACUGCAUGUGCAAGAAAGGGAAAUAAAUCAGAAGGAAGUAAAACAGAAAA